UUAUAAAUAAACAUUAUUUCUUCCUUUAAAACUCGAAUGAUUUCUGCGUCUGUUCAUACAGCAGACUGGUGAUGUGUUCUGCAGUUUAAUACUUUACUCGUAAUAAAAACUUUUUGUUCUUCAGUUUCGGUUUCUGUUUCCCAGUAAAUAACUGGUUUCCUCGUAAAUCCCUGUAACCACCAUAUCAUUACUUUUGUUUCACAACACAGAGCCUGAAGGGAGCGUUUGCAUUCUACAUGUGUUAGUCAUCACCGGUGGAGUCUGGACGUGUCUAAAGCCUGCAGCAAACUUUGCUUCACGUUUAUAAUCCCUGGCAGGUAAUAAUAGUCUGUCAGAUGAGACUUUAACGAAGAGCAGAGAAGUAAAGACGAUAAACAGACGAGACGUGAAGAAGAAUCUGAUAUGGAUCAUAGAGGGAGACGUCGAUUCAGAUAUCAGCCAGUCGGCAGGAGAGGAAACCGUGGAUCCGUCGUCCAGCCGCUGAGACUGAAACCCUGCAGGCAGAGAAGAGAUGGAAACCUGGAAAUACCAAUUAAAAAUCACUGGAUGAAGAUGAUUGUAUCAAAUCUGCAGCCUUUGGAAAUCACAGAAAAUGCUCAUUUUCUUGAGUUUGUAAAAGUGCUAAACCCUACUCUUCAAAUUCCCACAAGAUCCACGAUGUGCUUCCAGCUUCACAAUCUCUUCAACAAAGAGAAGAAUGAGCUGCGAGGCACCUUGGAUUCUGCUGAAGAUAUUGUGCUGACAUGUGAGUUGUGGUCUUCAAGAGCUGAAGACUCCUAUCUGACGGUAGGAGGCCAUUUUGUGGACAGGCUUGGGAAUCUAAAGUCCUACAUGCUCAACACUGCCAACCUGUUCAGAGACGAAUCUGCAACCAACAUUCAGAAUCAGCUCUCCGCUGUCAUGGAGGAUUGGGGCAUCAAAGAGAAGGUCCAUAGUGUUGUCAGAGCUGGAAUGCCACAGCUGGAGAAGGUCAAAACAAAAUGGAGACACAUUCCUUGUUUUGCUUCCACCUUAAAUGGGGUAUGUCAGGAUCUGCUGAGCGACAACAAGCUGGUGAAUGUUCUCAGGAAGUGUCAGAACAUCGUCUGGUUCUUUAAGUGCGAUACUGAAGCUGAGAGGAAGCUCCGAGAGACUCAACGUGGGAUGCGUAUGAAGCAGGAUGAGCUGAUCAUGUACUCCGGAGACCGAUGGCCGGCUCUGCUGCCAAUGCUUCAAUCACUGAUUCAGCAGUACAGUGCCAUGCUGCCGGUGUUGGACGAGAGAGGCAAGACAGAAUUCAUUCUGAAUGAAAAUGAUAAAAAGAAAAUGAAAAACAUCAUCUUGGCUCUGCAACCUCUGAGGGAAGUCAUGUCCAUGAUGAAAGGAGAAGGUUUCGAGUCUGUUUCCGUCAUUCUGCCGCUGCUGAGGAGACUCAUGGAAAAACUGGAAGAAGAAGAACAGAGAAAGAAUGAUGUUGCCCAGAUGUUGCUGUUGAAAUGUAGAGAAAAAUUUGGUGAUGUCAACAGACACAAACUGGCUCCCAUCACAUUCCUCGAUCCAAGAUUCAAAGACCAGCUGGGAGACCAAAACACAAAACAAGCGAUGGAGAAAAUAAUGGAAGAGCUCAGUGCAGACAUGGCCUCGUCUGCUGCUCUUAAAGUCAGAAAGGAGCUGCACCGAUACAGAGCCUACAAACCCAAUGCAGAGUCAUCCAACCCUCUGGCCUGGUGGAGGUUCACCGGAAACACACAGUUCAGGGAAUUGAGCAAACUUGCCCUGAAGAAACUCGGGGCUGUGUCCACCGCUGUUCCCUUAGAAAGAGCCUUCUCAGGUGCAGGUGAUCACUUCUGUAACCUCAGGAGCUGCAUCGAGCCAGAAAACCUCAACAUGAUCCUGUUCCUGCACAGCAACAAGUCUGCAGUGUCUUAGAUAAAUUACCCCCUCCGGGAUUUCACAGAGCUUCUUUGUGAUUGUUUUUGCCAAAAAUGUUUGAUUUUGCAGCAGCUUUUCUCAAAAAUUGCGAUACAGUUUUUGAUGUUUUAUGUGCUCUUAUUGCAGUAAAACUGCAGGAAUAAUGUGAUUUUUUAAGAACUACUUCUGAACAACUUUCAGUGCUAAUUUUUAAUGUACUUUCUGAACAUGACAAACAUGUUAGAGCUCAUCCUGCCAAGAAAAACAACACUACAGGUCGUAAUAUCAUUCGCCAAACACGACCUAUAGUUAUGUUUGAGUGACAGACACCAUUUAGCAGCCGUAGUAAUUAUGACACAGUUCACAUGAUGUCUGUAUAAGGUGGCAGGUUGAGUGGCUGGUUAGAGGAGACGCUGUUCGCUUCCUGUUUCCAACCAUGAGUCCAGACAGCUUUUUAAAAAACGUAACUAUGAUUGUCGUGGUGUUUACUAUUGCAAUGACGAUGAAGGUUGCUCUGUGCACGUCUACAUCCUAUUAUGUUGUUGUCUCCUGACUAGAUCCUGCUGGUGUAUCAGCUCUAAGAUGUACGUCGCUUUGGAUAAAAGCGUUGGCUGAAUGAAAUUGUAACAUGACAAACAGACCAAACUGUAUCCAAAGAAUCCGUAACUAUACUCACUGUGACAGUCGUCACAACAAGUGUGUUUCCAUCAACCUGUUUUUAUUUGCAUUUUGUGAUUGUAUAGUGAUAUAAUCUUAACAAAAUAAACUUACAAAUGAAACAAAUUAAAA